AUGACUGAGUCAAGCGAACCGAUAAUCCAGCAAAUAGAACCACCCACCUCUAGAAACAACCAGAGAAUCACAAACGUACCUUUGUUCGGCAUGCCUCAGAGUCUUGGUCCGCCAAGAGAGACACCACAACCCAGAGCUAUGGCAACCCCCAGCCAGGGCCAGGGCAUCCCAGUUCCAACCAGUGCCUCACUAGCACGGUUGGGGGCACAGUUCUCACCCGACCAGAUGCGCACAGCCAUAGAAGUCCUGACCUUCCUUACCCAGACAACACCGCAAGCCCAGGUCAUGAGGACAGCCCCAGAGGUUGAGGUUGAGCAGAGGAGGAAACGUCCCAGACCCCAAAACAGUCCGAACGUCUGGAGGAGGAAUCUGCAGCAGGAGAUGGAAGGGGCUGACAGCCAAGAAUAUGAGGCAGAAAGUAUCACGCCUAGCAGAGCUCAACCCAGAGCGAGAACCGAACAAGCACCCAGCCAGAGGCACCACUCCGGGUCAGGUAUGCCAAAUCCCACCCGAGCAAUAGUUAAACCUGAUAAUUCCCCUUUCUGUGAUGAGAUACUCUCGGAAAAAAUGGAAAAGAUAAAAAUGCCCACCUGCAAAUAUUCCGGAAAGUCAGACCCAACGAAUCACCUCUCUGCCUUUGGAGGACACAUGAUGCUAUAUACCAACACAGACUCUAUGUGGUGUAAGGUUUUCCCUUCCACUCUGGAGGGGAUGGCACAGAGCUGGUUCGGUAAAAUACCCAAGGGCACCAUAACCUCUUUCCGGCAGUUAGCCAUCUUGUUUCGCACCCAAUAUGUGGCAAACAUUGCCAGAGAAAGGAUGACAGGGGAGCUGAUGUCAGUCAUCCAAGGACCUCAGGAAUCUCUGAGGGAGUACAUAUCCAGAUUCAAUAUGGAGGCAUCGAAUAUACUCAAGUUACAGCAAGAGGUAGCAGUCCUGGCUAUGAUGACUGGUCUGCGGGAUGGAGAAUUCAAGAGUUAUCUGGGCAGAAAGUCAUUCACAACCCUGGCAGAGGUACUGGGGAAGGCAAAUGAAUUCAUAAAAAGUGAAGAGAUUGGCAGAGCAACCUCACGACGAUAUGUAGCAAGUGAGAACAAUUACGGUAGUCAGAGCAGAAAAGAGCCGUACAAAACAGAAUACCCAGACAAAAGGGAAAAUCAGCAGCCCAGAAAAGAUUGGCACGGGCAGGUCAGAGGAAGGGGUAGUGAGUUCAAAACUGAAAAGCGAGGCAAAUUCAACGAAUACACUCCUCUGGUUGCAUCCAGAACCCAGAUUUUUGCUAUCAGCAAGGAGGAUGAGAAAUGGCAGAGACCACCGAAAAUAGGAUGCACUCACCUGAAAGAUAACAUUGAGGACCUGAUCCGAAGGGGGUACCUAACACAAUUUAAGGCAAAGAGCUCAUACAGCAGGACCUACGAAAACAGGGAUGAUGAGGGUCGAUUUGAUAACAGGAAGACAGAGCAAAAACAGAACCACCCAGCAGAGCAGAAGAGGUCGAAUGAUAUACUGGUCAUAACAGGAGGACCAGUCUACGCUGGUACUACAGCCAGCGGUGCUAAGGCCAGUGUGAACGAAUUUAAACACCAGGUUAAUUACCACAACUCAGGAAAAUGGCCUGCCCCUCCAAAAAUCCCACAGUGCACUUUUACAGAAGAUGAUUGUAAGGGCAUAAUUUAUCCCCAUGAUGACCCAAUGGUGUUAGCUCUGGAUGUGGCUAACAGAAAAAUCCAUCGAAUCCUGAUAGACGGAGGAAGCUCUGCAAACAUUAUAUUCUGGCCAGCUUUCCAAGAGCUGCAGAUUGAAGAGAAGCACGUAAAGCCAAUUAGCUACCCAGUAAUUGGUUUCACAGGAGCAACGGUGAUACCAGAAGGAAUAGUUAGCUUACCUGUCCAAAUUGGGCAGGGGAAAGAUAUCAAGGAUGUCAUGGUUGAUUUCAUGAUAGUCAAGGAGCAGUGGUGUCUACUUAUCACCUCACCAUGA